UGGCUCAUUCUCAAUUUCUUUCAGAAAUGGAACGUACCGGGAAAGUUACUCGACGGAACCCGACUGGCCAGGCACCGGGAAGGUCCCAACGUGGCAGUCGGGGAGCAUCGAGGGUGUCCGGGGGACAAGGCCGUGCAGGCCACUCGCUGACCGUGAGUGACGGCCAUGUUGAGACGAUUGACGAGCAUUAUGAAUCCGAGGAGGAUUCAACUUACCGGCCGGGAACUGAGCUGGUUGAAACCCCAUAUGAUGGGGGGGACGAUGACGUUAGCGAAGAGAGCGAUGAUAAUGACGCUCUCGAGAGGAUUGAGGAAUUGCUUCGGCAAUACCAACAAGAUCGCCAAAGGCGCCGGGCAAGGCGUGCUUCGGUAGGGGCUUCGAGAAGAGGAAGCCGUGCUAGUCUUGGAGGACAUGAGGAACCCCGGGGAGGAAGAGGUGUCGAGGUCCCAAUAAUAAGGAUCUCGAAAUACCUAAAAGAAGCAAGGGAUUUGGGGUGCAAACCGUUCGAUGGAACGGGAGACAUCUCCAUUGCGGCUGAAUGGAUCAAAAGAUUCAACGAGGCGGCCCUUGACAUGCAGCUGCCGCCAAACAUGAAAAUGAGAGUAGCAACGAGGUUGCUAGAAGGCAUGGCGUCCACGUGGUGGGACGGAGUCAAAGGAAAAUACGGCGAGGCCGUCACUUGGGAGAACUUUCGGCAGGAGUUCUUCAACCAAUACUACUCCGACUUCGAGGUAAACAUGAAGAGGAGGGAGUAUACGAACUUGACACAAGGAGGUGCAUGUACGGUGAAGGAACUUGAGCACAAGUUCAGAAAGCUUGCCGAAUUCAUACCGGAGUACAUAUGUGAUGAGAACCGGAUGGUGAAUCACUUCUGGGAUGCCUUGGACCUUGACAUACGUGAGAGGGCAACACAAUUGCCUAAUAUGACAUUUAGUCAAGUGGUGGAACAAGGUUUGAAGGGAGAGAAGGAGUGGGAAGAGAGGAAGCGAAGAAAUGCCGAGGAGGCAAAGAAAAGAAAAUGGGAGAACCAUGGCCCCCAGGGUUCAAACAAGAAUGGGAAUCACGGGGGAGGAGGAUCCUUCAGGGCACCCGCACCACCAUCAAGGGGGAAUCCCAACAUGGGUGGGCAAAACUCGG